UCCUUGGGCCUUUACAAGAAUGUGCUCUUCAACUUCAAGUGUCUGAAAGUGCUGCUACAAGUGCAUGUAGUAGAGAACACAGCAUAUGAUAUCUUGCUAGAAAGACUAUUCUCCAUACUCUGUGAAACCAAGAUUGACAACUAUGCUAAUAAAAAACAGAUCCUGACAAUCUAUAACCCAAACACUGGAAUGAAAACAAUUAUUUCUGCAUAUGAGCAG